UUUCCGUUUCCACCACCACCACAAACGACAAUGCUGCUCCCGUUCUUCUGCUUUCGCUUGCUCUCCGCGCAGUGCGCUGUCGCGUUGCUGGUGCUGGCGGUGUCGUUGAUGCCUGCAGGCACGGUAAGGAGUGCACCAGUCGACCUGCCACACGAUGGGGCAGCGAUAGCUGCGCGCAACAGCUCUUCUUUUCUUCACAAUCGCCGCAGCAAGGAGGACAACCUUGAAACUUCAUCAGCUCGACGUGCUCAAGCGGCCGGGCUGGCUCAAUUUGACAACUUUCCGGAGCCACGAAGCGUGCCCGCUUGCGGCUCCUUUUGCCGCCAGAGCGGGUUGGUGUUGGAGAAGGACACGUGGCGCCAGCUGCCAUCGUCGUGGGGCCCACCGACCAUUUCGCGAGAGGAAGAUGUCGACGCUAUCGGCACGUACGUGGCGCCCAUCCUGUACGGUGGGCUGGGCAACAUCCUGUUCCAGUUGGCCGCGCUGCACGCGUAUGGUCGCAAGCACAACGUUCCUGUCGUCGUUGGGUACUUUCAGCACUGGAACCGCGCCUUCCACACGUUUGAGCCCUGGGGUGGCCACACGCCGCCCGCAACUGGCGUCACCUUGAAGCACACGUUCCCUGCGCUGCAGUGGUGCAGUGUUGAGGUUGCUGUGCCGCCUGUGCGCGUGUUCAACAGGUACGCCUUCAAGAUUGAGGUCCCGGACGAGUACGCACCGCUGCCGAACCCAAAGCUGCUGCCAGCAUACAUCCACGGGUACUUCUUCAACCAUGCGUACUGGCACCCUUCGCGUGAGCACGUGCUGCGCGUUCUUCGCUUCAACCCCGGCGUGGAGGAGUACGUCAGCCUCAAGUACGGCGACUUGCUUGCAGGCACGCCAGAUGCAGGGACCAUCACGCGGUCGGACCAAACUCGUGCCCCAGCACGCCCCAACGCCUACACCGGCGGAAAAGGCGCAUUACAGACCGUGUCGCUGCAUCUGCGGCUUGGAUAUGCGCAGGAGCCGGCGAAGAAACUCCUGGAGGGUCGGCGUCUGCCACCAACGUCGUUCUAUGAGCGUGUGUUCACGCGCGAGUUUGACGCUGACCGCACGCUGUAUCUGGUUUUCUCGGACAACAACGUCAAGGCGCAGGCGAUGAUGGAUGAGUUUGCCAGGUCCGUACCGGGAGGUUUGCAGUUUGUUGUGGUUGAGGAAGAUGUCGUGCACAGCGUGGCGAUGAUGGCACGUUGCCAGCACCACGUUCUCACGUCGUCCACCCUCAGCUUCUGGGGCGCCUACUUGGACGUGAACCAGCCGCACGGCGGACGCACGCUGCUGCAUUCCACGUUCUUCAUCGACCAUGGCCGCGGCAUGCUGCCUCCGGACUUUGGUUGGGAGGUUAUCGAAUAAUGCAUGAGGAUGCGACUGCGACUGUGUGUGUGU